CUUGCGGCCUACGUCGAGGGCCGAGGGGGCGGGGCCGGGGCUUCCUGCGCCGAAGGGACCGAGGGCUCCGCCGCCGCCGCCGCCGGGAUGCUGCAGUCCGUGUGGGGCUUCCUCAAGCGGCACAGGAGGAAGUGCUUCUUCGUGGGCGCCCUCCUGGGCGGAGUUUAUAUACUUGGAAAAUAUGGGCAGAAAAAAAUGAAAGAAAUCCAAGAAAGGGAAGCGGCAGAAUAUAUAGCACAAGCACGAAGGCAGUAUCAUUUUGAAAGUAACCAAAGAACUUGCAACAUGACAGUACUAUCUAUGCUUCCAACAUUAAGGGAUGCUUUGAUGUAUCAGCUGAAUUCUGAGAGCCUUACCUCUCUGCUGAAAAACAAACCAACCAACAAGUUAGAAAUAUGGGAAGACUUGAAAAUUAUAAGUUUUACAAGAAGCAUUGUAGCUGUAUAUAGCACUUGUAUGCUUGUAGUUCUUCUACGAGUUCAAUUAAACAUUAUUGGUGGAUACAUCUACCUGGAUAAUGCAGCUGUUUGCAAAAAUGGCACAACACUUCUAGCUCCCCCUGAAGUGCAGCAGCAAUAUUUAUCAAGUAUUCAACACCUUCUUGGAGAUGGUUUGGCUGACUUAAUUACUGUAGUUAAAAAAGCUGUGCAGGAAGUAUUUGGAAGUCUUUCUCUUAAACAUGCUCUUUCUCUCUUGGAUUUGGAUGAGAAGCUGAGAGAAAUAAGGAAGAUAGUAGAACAACCUGGAGAUAAUCUGACAUCUGAACAAACUGGAUCCCAUUCUCUGCUGUGUCAUUACAUGAUGCCAGAUGAGGAAAAUCCUUUAGCUUCCCAGGCCAAUGGACUUACAGAAAAAGAUGUUACUACAAUUAAAUUACUUAAUGAAACAAGAGACAUGUUGGAAAGUCCAGAUUUUAAUAGAGUUUUGAGUUCAUGUUUAAAUAGAGGAUUUAGUAGAUUAUUGGACAACGUGGCAGAAUUCUUCAGACCCACUGAACAGGACAUAUGUCACAAUGGCUCCAUGAACAGUCUUUCUAGUGUCAGUCUUCCUCUAGCCAAGAUAAUUCCAAUAAUAAAUGGGCAGAUCCAUUCAGUCUGCAGUGAAACACCUAGUCGUUUUGUGCAGGACAUGUUAAUGAUGGAGCAAGUGAAAGAUUUUGCUGCUAAUGUGUAUGAGGCUUUCAGUACCCCUCAGCAACUAGAGAAAUGAGGCAUAUAACAAGAUGUAUGUGAUACAAAAUUAAUAGUGCCCAAUCAUUGUGAAUACUUUAUUUAAUAAGGAUUCUCGUUAUCAAAAGGAUGCAGUUAUUAGACCUACAAAAAUGCAUUUUAAGGAAAUACAACUUCUAGAUUUUAUACUGAGAAAAAUGACACCUGACAUAAGUUCAUGGGGGGGGGGGGGGGGAAAUCAUUGUGUGCUAUGCCUUUGUAUGGAGGCAGUCCCAGUUACUGAGAAACUUGUUUACCAAAGUAAUGAUCAUUUCAUUUUUGUUUUAGUGGAGAUAUAUUUUUAAAAACUCAGUAAGAUGAUACAGUCUGGCUUCUGUUCUUCAGUAGAUGGGGGUGAGGACAGAAAGAGGUGAUCUUUUCUAGUUUUUGCCUGAUGUAGGAAUAAGUGCAUGGCCUGUGAAACUUCCAUUCAAAAAUCAGCUGUAAGAAAACACAGCAGGAUUGGAAGUAUGUGAAAGAAUAACCAUGCUCAGCCUAUGUACUUAGCACCUCUUUUUCCAUUGGCUGGGUUAACUUCAAAGUAGACCUUGUCUUAAUAACCUGUCAAUUGUCAAGCAGGGUAGAGUUUGGCCUGUAUGCUCUGUCUAUGGCUAUUCAUGCUGUGGAAGUCUCAGACCAAAUGCCUAUCUCAUUUUCUCUUACAUGAAAAGAAAGGGAAGGGAGCAGUUUACAAUCAGUUCUCCUUUUCCUCUACUGUCUCAUCUUCUUCCUUUCUCCUGCCCAACUCAGUGUAAGAAUAUGAGUGUCAAAAGUGUGUUGGGGGAAGUAAGUAUAUUGCCUUCUGAGCUUUAGAUCCUCUAGAUUGGCACCUCUGGUAUUGAGCACAUAUACUGAGGAUCUCUGAGCGGUGCAGUGCUAAGUACUUUUUCACUCUUGCAGAGUUGGGACAGAAUGUUUCUAGCAAAUAUUAUGUUUACGCUGUUUAUAAACAGCUACUGCUGUACACAUUCAUUUUGUAAAUAUUUUUAACUUGUAUUGAUUGAACCCAGUGAAAUAUCUAAAUUUAAAUAAACUAUUUUAAAAGGAA